AUGAUGGUCAUCAUCAUGCAUCAGUUCCUGUCUAUGUCUGUCUGCGUGCGUGAAGGAGGUACGACACGCGCAGUGUUCUCAACUCUUGCGCUCACUCAAUCGGUCGUCUAUUUCGGAAGAGUUCUUGAAUGGAUGGCGAAUCCGGGGAUGUACCCGAUGGCGUCGUCGGGUGUCGGAGGCCUGCGUGCAUACUUCCCAACGCACAUGACCGCAGCUGCAGCCGGCUCUUCGGGCCUGUCGAGGCUCGGCACGCCGCCUGGGAGCGGGUUGACGAGUCCCGUGGGUGGUGCUAGCACGAAACACUUGUUGAAGUCGGAAGACGGAUUGAUCUCAAGCCACCUGCCCCACGCAUCUCACAUGACCAGUCACCACCUGCCGCAUGCCUCGCCCGGAAGCGGCGGCGGAGGUAGUGGGACUACGGCCGUGCGGUCCUUGUCCCAUGGCCACACGUCCCAGUCAUCCACCUCGUCGUCGUCGUGUUCGAACCAGUCCAGCUCCGAUCGGAACAAACCCAACAAGCCUCACAUCAAGAAGCCGCUCAACGCCUUCAUGCUCUACAUGAAAGAAAUGCGAGCAAAGGUAGUGGCAGAAUGCACCCUCAAGGAGAGUGCGGCCAUCAAUCAGAUUCUCGGCCGACGGUGGCAUGCAUUGUCGCGAGAAGAGCAGGCGAAAUAUUACGACAUGGCUCGGAAGGAGAGGGAGCUGCACCUGCAGUUGUACCCGGGCUGGACGGCGCGCGAGAGUUACGCCGCGAAAGCCAUCAAGAAGAAAAAGAAAAAAGACAAGUCCCUGGAUGGAGGAAGAGGAGUAGUCACAGGCGGACGAGUCGUUGCCGAUGUGCGGGAGGAAGGAACGAUGCGGGACGUCGUUCGGCGGCGACGCGUAGGCGAUGCUGUAGGAGGGCAACGCGGGUGUAGUUGGUUGGUUAACUAG